ACGCACGCACAGCAGGUAUCAUACUAUAUGCCCGUCCCUCCGUCAUUUUUUUUACAAAAAGGAAACGGGACGGGCCAAAACUACUUAAGGCCCAAAAAAAGUCGAAGUAGGAGUCUAUACAUUCUGCCUUAAUGCGGAUAAAAAUUAAGGUACGGCCCAGACAUUCACACUGCUAAUUCAAGUUGGAGACAGCUUUACACAAUUUGACGUGAACUCCAAUGUGUGUGACAUUUAAAAGCGAGCCACGUUUUUCCCACGCUGACAAGUAUGAGACUCGGUCUGUCCCACAUUUGAAAGUAAGAGACACAAACCUGUAAUAUUACAACAGAAUCACCUACAGUAAUGCUGUUAAAAAACAACAGUAUUGUUUUGUGUCUGAACGUGGAACCCAUCCAGAAACAACACUUUUGUUUUAUAACAACUUCUUUUGCAAGUAACAAUAAUGUAAUUGUGAUCUCAAAUAGAGGGGGACAUACCAUCUUACUAAAUUUCUGCAUACACCACACGCAAUAGUGACAGUGAUAGACAUAGCAUGCGCUUCUUUGUUGUUGUGGCAAAUGCCUCUGUCUCUCUUUCGCGUCACUUCCCGAUGCCAUCGAUGUUAGUGGACGUUUGAGUGGCAGCUGGGGUUAAUGCCAUCCGCUUUGGGAGGUUGCUCAUUGUUAUCAUCCAGCUGUCCAUUUGGAUAGCACAGCUGUCUGCGCACGGUUCUGUCCUGUGAUCGCUCGGCAGUGGACGGUUCACAUUCACAUUUCCGCCAAGAGCCCCCAAUGCUCAUGGGUGUUUACUCUACAAACUCAAGGCAGCGAUGUCGCAGAGACGAGUCCGUGAUGGCUGCAAGAGCGUCGUCCUGGGUGUGUUUCUCUUAUUUGUUUUCGGGCCGCACAUCGCCAACGGCAAAGCGGGAAAGGCAAUUAACUCAUAUGCGGGAAAGUACAUUGUCUACGCAGACACGUUCUACAUGUGUGAUAGUGAAAGUUUAUGGGACUGGAACUUUAGGGUCAGCCACUGGAAUCCUGCCAAGCCGAAUGAACUACAACGUUUAACUGGCUGGUUUAAUGCCACAGUGCACAGCUUGACGGACGCAAGUUGGGUGAAUGUUGUACUGGACGUACGAGCGAACAACAUGUGGAAGGAAAACGCUUUCGUCUUUAAGUUUCCAAACAUGGCCUGCACAUCGGUCAAGAAACAAAUCCCGGAAUUCUGGAACGUUGUCCUGAAACUGCCGAGAAACGAAAAAGUGUGCCGAAUACCGCCGAAACUUUACGAGCUCCACGACGAGCCCAUCGCCUGGUUCUUCCCCAGCUUCCCGGUCAUGCCGUACGGGAAUUACCGCUUCCGACUGACCAUGGGGCCGCCCGGCAAGCCAGCCAUGUCCUGUCUCGCGGCAGAGUGCCACAUCGUCCCCAAGAUGUCGUGACAGAACGCUCGUCCUAGGAAGCGCGCACAGUAAAUUGAAAUGGCAAAAUUCGAGCCCCGAAUCCCAUAAACCGACAGGUGGCGAGCCCAUUCUGCUUACAAGCCACGGAAUCUGUACAACACAGCCCCGUAUUCCCCUUGCAAAAUGGAAAUUACAUGGGCACUAUAUCAAGAACCUAUAUAGCUCCAAUCCGACUGACUCACUGACUCACUCACUCACUCAUAGAAAUGUUUAGGGUCAAGGAGAGGUCGUAGAGACUUGCGGUUUUUUCCAUUCGAUUCCAAAUUUUAUGCGAAAAUUGGGAAAUAUCCCAAAAGUUCAAAAUUCCUCACCGUUCCCGAGCAAACCUACUUAAUCUUCAAGAAAGGGGACCAAAUUCCUCACCGCUUCCGAGCAAACCCACUCAAUCUUCAAAAAAGGGGACCGACCGACUGAAAAUUUUUA